AUGGCGGCCGGCAUUUAUAUCAUCGUGUCCCUCUGCUGCUACACGGGUCUUGUAAUCUACGCCACCUUCGCGUCCUGCGACCCCCUCAGCACUGGAGCGAUUCGCAAGAGUGAUCAGCUCCUGCCGUACUUCGUGAUGACCAUAACUGGGUCGGUGCCGGCGCUGCCCGGCAUUUUUAUGAGUGGGGUGUUCAGUGCUGCUCUAAGCACUAUGUCGACGGGUCUCAAUUCAAUGUGUGGUGUUAUCUUUGAAGACCUCAUUAGGCCAGCGUAUAACAAGCCUAUUUCUGAGAAAACCGCGAGUUUUAUCAUGAAAGUUAUUGUAGUGAUUAUAGGAGCAACCUGCGUAGCGCUUGUUUUUCUCGUAGAGCACAUGGGCGCGCUCAUUCAAGCCGGCAAGAGCCUUGCUGGAAUCACCGCUGGCAGUCUGCUUGGACUCUUUACCAUGGGACUCUUCAUGCCAUGGAUAAACGCUACUGGUGCUCUAGCUGGUGGAACAACAUCCACCCUGCUAGUGGGGUGGAUUUCUCUCGGCACCCAGGCGGCCAUGUUACGCGGCGAUAUUGUGGUCGUACCAAAACCAGUAAGCGUUGCCGGAUGUCCACUAAACUACACUCUCCCAACCACCAUGUCGCAUUCUUCCGUCGAGUUUGACAGAUCAGGAACAUUUUUCCUUUAUAGAGUCAGUUAUUUGUAUUACACUUUUAUUGGAAUGACUGUCUGUAUCGUCACUGGAGCAAUUGUGUCGUAUUUUACACAGCCGAACGACCCCGCAAUGGUUCAUAGAGACCUCUUGACACCGGUCAUUCACCGUUUUCUGCCACCACAAAGCCCCAAUUGCAGACGGCCAAGGUUGACACAACACGACAUCGAACUCCAUGCCCGGGAGAUGGAGCAACUAUGCACGCAAGCAGCCUUGAUGAGAGACAACCCUGUGGACGUCGAUCAUAUAACCAAGAAAUCAAAACAAGCGCUGCAAUGA